UGAUCUCACUCCCGUCAGGACAGAGAUCAUUAUACGUGUCACUCGUACUCAGAAUGUUCUCGGUGAGAAAGGAAGGAGAAUUAGGGAACUGACAUCACUGGUCCAGAAACGGUUCAAGUUUGAGGAGAACACUGUGGAACUGUAUGCUGAAAAGGUGCAAGAUAGGGGUCUUUGUGUCAUUGCUCAGGCAGAGUCUCUCCGCUACAAACUUUUUGGUGGUCUUGCUGUUAGGAGGGCAUGUUAUGGUGUCCUGCGAUUUGUUAUGGAAAGCGGAGCAAAGCCGCAUGCUCCUGCAAUGGCAGUAGUGCCAACCACUGAUAUUGAAGUUCCAGUUAUGUAGGCACACAUCAACUGUCAGAGCUGUGUGUUUACCUUACAUGAUAAUAUGGAUUCUAUGUUUCUUACUACUAUGUCCCUGCAUUCUUACUUCUAAGAUGAUCUGUGCUAAGAAAAUUUUGUUCUU